UCUUGAAAAUCCACAACAAAAAAGUUGUCUCAAAUGUGCUUAUGUAAUUCCUGUAUAUGAGAUAUCUUCAAAUGUUACAAGAAUUCCCUAUAACAAAACAGAAUUGACUAAGAUGGUAAAACAAAGAUAUGCAAGAGUCUUCCACUCAAAUGUCUUCUGGCGAAAACCAAUGGUUAUCGAACUUAUCUUACUGGGAAAAUCAAAAGGAAAGUUCAAAAAUGUCAGUAUCAUAUGAUGCUGGUAAAUAUUCCUUUUGGUAUGAACCUAUUUAUGUUGCACAAACAUCAGCACCUCUCUAUGAUGAAAGAUUUAUAGGUUACGGCCUUACAAGAAAUACACAGAUUUAUGAAAUGUAUUUAGAUGGAUGGAGUUUUAAGAUUUUAAAUAACAUCUUUUUAGUACAUUGGGAUUCCAAAAUCGGAGCAGUCAGAGUGCAUUGAGAAAGAAACAAGCAUUCGAUAAUUUUGCUGUUUUCAAGGACUUCCUUAGAGAAAAGACAGUGAAAUAUGACAAGGAUCCAUUGAACCUGUUGCAGA